AUGCCCAGUUUUUCAGCUACUUGUCAAUUUCUGAAGGACGCGUGUUUUUCAAGUUUCACUCGGCCACGGCCAUGGACUGAUGACGUCAUCGCUCGCAAAUUUUAUUUUUGGGAUUUUCUCCGUUUUCCUUCUUCCGAAAUUCUCAGAUUCCGAAUUCAGAGAUUUUCAAGCUCUGAAAUUCAGGAAUUCAGAAACUUCGUCAAAAAAAUUGUACCACCGAAUCACAACGUUGUACCCCUAAAUGAAAUAAGUUGUACCCCAGAAUCAUUGGUAGAUUUUACCCCCGAAUCGUUGUACCCCCGAAUUUUUGUACCCACGAAUUUUGUACCCCCGAAUCACCAAUUUUGUACCCCUAAAUCAGUUGUACCCCCUUGUACCCCCGAAUCAUUGUACCCCCCCCCCCAAUUUUUGGCCAAAGAAAGACCUGAAACAAGUUUUCGAUUCCCCACAAAAUUAAUAAAUAUAAAGAGGCCCAAGAAGAAAUGUUGA